AGAACGCCUAGGCACGCGGAACGGAAGGCGCGCGGCGAAGCGAAGCGAGCAGAUCCCCUAACAAGUAGAGGACCACCCACACACGCAGCUCUACAGCACUACACACACAGCUACAGCUACACACACACACAGACACAGGGACAGCAUGGGGCUCCGGACUCUGGGCGCGCUGCUGGCCACGCUCUGCGUGUUGACGACGACGUCCUUGGUCGCGGCCGGCGACGCGGCGACCAACAGCACCAGCUCCAGCGCCAGCAUCAGCACUAGCGGCAGCGGCAGCGAGACGGUGGCGCAGCUGCUGGCCGAGGUGCAGGCGGCCGUGGCGGACGACCCGGCGCUCGCCAACAUGUUCGACAUCUCGAGUGCCAGCCAGAUGAGCGAGGAGGAGCUCACGACGCUGCUGCAGGAGCUGCUCGACGUGAGUCUAAGCGGCAGCAGCUCCAACUCGAGCGCGAGUUCUUCAUCUUCCGGCUCCCUGACGGCGGCGUCCGCCGAGUCGACGCAGAGCGCGUCAGCCGCGGGCUCCACGGUCUCAGGCGCAGCGACGACGACCGUUUCGCUGACGUUCGCGGUGCUGGCAACUGCGGCCGCGCUGGCGGCUGCGCUGUAGGCUAAUGACAGACAAAAUGCAGGGCGGGGGCGAUCGCAAGCUCUACGCAGUUGGACUCCACUC